CUCUGUCGCCCCACUGCCAUGCGCCGAUCCAUCCUCCUCCUCUGCGCCGCCGCCGCUUGCUCCGCAUCCCAGCUCCGCCUUCGAGGAGGAGCUCCUCCUGUCUGGAAGGACCUUGUCAAGGCUCCAGCCGUCUUGGACUCUGGCUACUCCACCGACAACAAGCUCGAGAUCACUUCCAAGUCCGGACUCAAUGGAGGAAUCGGCCUCAAGACUACCUUCCUCAGGAACGCUGCUGACAAGAUCUCAAGCACCUUCAAGGCCACCACCAGCUACCAGGGUGUUGACAUCGAGGCAAAUCUUGAUGGAUCUGGCACUAUCAAGGGAGAGGCUAAGGCCGACGUUUCUGGCGUGAAACUCACCCUGGGAGGAUCCCUCAAGGGAGGAUCUUCUAUCAAGGACAUGCCGGCUCCCAGCGUCGCUGCUGAGUACAGCAAGGGAGACCUCACCUGCAACGCUCGUGUAGAGGGCAAGAACUUGGAGGCCGGUGCCGUGUUCCAGGCUGGAGACGUCCAGGUUGGAGGGUUUGCCACCUACGACUCCUCUGCGGGAACCCUCGGAGAUCCCACCAUCGCUGCCACCUACAACGGAGGAAACUUCAAGGCCAGCGCCGUUGUCAAUGGCCUCAAGGGCGACGAUGUGCAGGCAACCUACACCCAGUCAAUCAACUCAGACCUCGAUGUGGCCGGAACCUUCUCCACCAACGGCAACAAGUUUGCCCUCGGUGCCUCGUACAAGGUGGACGCUGGAUCCUCAGUCAAGGGCAAGAUCAACUCCGACGGCAUCCUCAACCUUGGAUACAAGCGUGAGGUCGACAAGGGCAGCGUGCUCAACGCUGGCUUCCAGGUUGACACCAACAACGUUGAUGACCGUCACUUCGGCAUCUCCUUGGCCAUGAGCACAUAAGAAUCUGCUCGGUACGUUGUAGCCCAGAGUUUUGAUGAGUGGCUGUUGCAAACUGUACAUUUUUCCUCUCUAUUUUGUAAAAAAAAUACAAAAACAUG